GGGAAGAUGACAUAUAAGAAAACACUUGAAGGAGGCAAGAUUAUUAGCCGUGGAGAUCGCUUGAGGUGAAGGGAGCAGCCAAUGGAAAGGCCCUAAGAUGGAAGAGAAGGAAGGUCGGUGUGGCUGAAGAAAAUUGAGGGAGUGGGAGAAGAGUAGAACGUGUUGAGAAUCACAUCCUGUAGACUUGUGUGCCACUCUUAAGACUUCAGCUUUUAUUUUGAGUGAGCAGGAAAGGAAGUUAGAAGUAGUGGGCACAUUCAAUAGGGCCUUGUAUACCUCUGUAAGAACUUCAGCUUUUAUUCUAAGUAAGGUUGAGCCACUGGAGAGUUUUCAGCAGAAAGAUUAAAUGAUCCAACUCAAGUUGUAAACGGACCACUCGGACUGCUCUAUUAAGAAAGACAGGAGGAAGGCAAGGAUUGAAGAAAGGAGACCAGUUAGAAGGCUACCACAGUAAUGGAAAGGAGGGGAGACAGCAGGUGACGGUGGCUCAGAAAAAGGUGGUAGCAAUAGAGAUUGUAUUCUAGAUGUGUUCACAUUUUCAGUUUGUCUUCCUGCCUCAGGUUCUCAGUGACUCCCUGUUUUUUUCUGUGGUCACAUUCCUCUUUUCCCUUCACCAAAUAUGCAAGGAAACAAGAAGUGAGAUCACAGCUGGUUUAGUGUUGCUAAUGAAACCCAAAUCCAGGGCAGUGUUUGACACAUUAAGCCAAACAGCAGCUGCCCUGUGGGUCAGAAGGGCCCUUUGGCUGGCACCACCAAAAUAUGUGUUCUCCAAAGGAGGCUGGCAUCAACUGGAGCCACUUCACAGCUUGUUUGAGAACUGGAUCUGACCAGUAGGAAGAAACCAGGACAGCAGUGGAAGACUGUUAAAGAAACCUGGGUAAAAAGAUGCAGAAGGUUGUGCUGUCAGAUGAGAGUUCAGGACCACCAAGCCAGCUGCUUUGGACCCCCCAGGAUACCCAGCUCCCUCAGGAAAGAGCUCUAUUACCUGCUCAGUAUCCUGCCUUCACUAAAGAUGGAAGCCAAGGAAACCUGCUACAAGCAGAUAUCACACUGAUGAGCCAGGCCCAAGAAACUAUGGUGUUUUCUCCAGGAUAACAGAAGCAUAUUAUUUCAGGAGUCAGUGACAUUCGAGGAUGUAGCUGUGAACUUCACUAACAGGGAGUGGCAGAGUCUGACCUACGCUCAAAGGCAUCUCUAUAAGCAUGUGAUGUUGGAAAAUUAUAGGAACAUGGUAUCACUUGGAUUUCCAUUUCCUAAACCUCCUUUAAUCUCUCAUCUGGAGCGAGGAGUAGAGCCCUGUGUGCAGGAUCCACAGGACAAGGAGUCCCUAAGCUGCUCCUACCCAGUGUCAACUGAUAAGAUGUGGCCUGAAAAUGAAAAGGCAAGUUCACAACAACAGAUUUUUGAAAAUGAAGAAGCCUACUGGAUGAAAUCUAACAGUCUCCUAAAAGUUGAUUCCCGGGAUCCUGAGGUUAGAGAAGUUUGUGUUCAGGAAGUCAAAUUAGAGAAUCAAUGGAAAACACCUAUAAGGGAGAAACUGAGAGAAAAGAAAGAAGGCUCUGAGGAAGUAACCUGCAAAAAAAGAAAGAACCAGAAGGUGCUUAGAAAAAACCUGAAUCCAAACUCAAAAUACAGUCGGUGUAAUAGAGUUCUUACAGCACAGAAACUCCAUGAAUGUGCCAGGUGUGGCAAAAACUUCAGUUGGCACUCAGAUCUAAUUCUCCAUGAGCAGAUUCAUUCUGCUGAGAAACCCCAUGUGUGUGAUGAGUGUGGGAAAGCAUUCAAGACCAGAAAUCAGCUUUCUGUGCACCAGAUAAUCCACACAGGGGAGAAACCUUUUAACUGCACCCAGUGUGGGAAGGCUUUCAACAGUAGAUCAGCUCUUUGCCGACAUAAAAAAACCCACAGUGGGGAGAAGCCUCACGAGUGCAGGGACUGUGGAAAGGCCUUCAAGACCAGGAACCGUCUGUGUAUGCAUCAGCUCAUCCACACUGGAGAGAAGCCUUACGAAUGUAACUGCUGUGGGAAGGCCUUCCAGUUUAAGCAUUCCCUUACCAUCCAUGGCAGAACCCACACUGGAGAGAAGCCAUAUGAAUGUGAGGAGUGCGGGAAGGCCUUCAGCGGGAGUUCAGACCUCACCAAACACAUAAGAAUCCACACUGGCGAACGACCUUAUGAGUGCAGCGAGUGUGGAAGGGCCUUCAGUCGGAGCUCAGACCUAAGCAAGCACAAACGAAUUCAUAUUAGGGAGAAACACUAUGGGUGCCCCCAGUGUGGAAAAGACUUCAGCAUCAAGGCAGAACUCACCAAACACAGAAGGAUCCACACUGAAGAGAAACGUUACAGGUGUGAGGAGUGUGGGAAAGCCUUUCAUCAUAACUGUAAGCGCCGGGCUCAUGAACGAGAGCACACCGGGGAGAAGCCCUAUCAGUGCGGAGAUUGUGGGAAAACCUUCCAAGAUCGGCACUGCCUUACGGUCCAUCAGAGAAUCCACACUGGAGAGAAACCUUACAAAUGUUUAGAGUGUGGGAAAGCUUUCAGUGGGAAGUCAAACUUGACCAAUCACCAAAGAAUUCACACUGGAGAGAAGCGUCACAAAUGUGAGGUAUGCGGAAUGGCCUUCCAUCAUAGUUCAGUCCUGAGGCAACACAAAAGAAUCCACACUGGUGAGAAGCCAUACACCUGCAGUGAGUGUGGCAUGUCCUUCCGUCAGGGCUCAGCUCUGAUUGGACAUAAGCGAGUUCAUACUGGAGAGAAACCUUAUGAAUGUGAGGAGUGUGGAAAAGCUUUUAGAGUGAGCUCAAAUCUUACUGGACAUAAGAAAAGAAAACAUCAAGUAUGGAGAACCCAUGAACUUGAUGGGAGUAGGAAAUCCCUCUCUCCAGUAACUGUUUCUCAGACCUCAGCAGUCAGUAUUUUGACCAGUGCCUGAGUAUAACAAUUCUGGUGUUA